GGUCCGUUCCGCCCCGGCUCCCGUGGCUUUUCGGCUGACGUGUCUACUGUUGGCCGGCUGCUUGGCGAGUAGGGCCGAGAUGGCGGACGCUUGGGAAGAGAUUAGGCGAUUGGCGGCAGACUUCCAGCGGGCGCAGUUCGCAGAGGCCACGCAGAGGUUGUCAGAGCGGAAUUGCAUUGAGAUCGUGAAUAAAUUGAUUGCUCAGAAACAGCUAGAAGUAGUUCACACACUUGAUGGGAAGGAAUAUAUUACUCCAGCCCAAAUUAGUAAAGAAAUGAGAGAUGAGUUACAUGUUCGAGGUGGUCGAGUAAACAUUGUUGAUCUGCAACAGGCGAUUAAUGUGGAUCUGACUCAUAUUGAAAAUAGAAUUGGUGACAUUGUUAAAUCAGAAAGACAUGUUCAGCUAGUGUUGGGACAACUGAUAGAUGAGAACUAUUUGGAUCGGUUAGCAGAAGAGGUAAAUGAUAAAUUACAGGAAAGUGGUCAGGUAACCAUAUCCGAACUGUGUAAAACCUAUGAUCUUCCCGGAAACUUUCUGACACAGGCGCUAACUCAGCGACUAGGUAGAAUUAUUAACGGACACAUUGAUCUUGAUAACAGAGGAGUAAUAUUUACUGAAGCUUUUGUAGCUAGACAUAAAGCACGCAUCCGUGGGUUGUUCAGUGCUAUUACCCGGCCUACAGCAGUGAAUUCUUUGAUUUCAAAAUAUGGAUUUCAGGAGCAGCUUCUUUACUCUGUUCUUGAGGAACUUGUUAAUAAUGGACGCUUACGAGGCACUGUGGUUGGUGGGAGACAGGAUAAAGCAGUGUUUGUCCCUGACAUUUACUCCAGAACACAAAAUACUUGGGUGGAUUCUUUUCUCAGGCAGAAUGGCUAUCUGGAAUUUGAUGCUUUGUCCAGACUUGGAAUCCCAGAUGCUGUGAGCUACAUAAAGAAAAGAUAUAAGACUACACAACUCUUAUUUUUGAAAGCAGCUUGUGUUGGUCAAGAACUUGUGGAUCAGGUGGAAGCAUCAGUAGAGGAAGCCAUCAGCUCUGGAACAUGGGUUGAUAUUGCACCUCUGCUACCCAGUUCCUUAUCAGUGGAAGAUGCUGCAAUAUUGCUUCAACAUGUGAUGAGGGCACUCAGCAAACAGGCUUUAGCUGUAGUCUUUAGCGAUACUAUUGUAGUCAGUGAAAAAUUUAUAAGUGAUUGUACAGAACUGUUCAGUGACCUGAUGCACCAAAAAGCUGAAAAGGAAAUGAAAAAUAAUCCUGUUCAUUUAAUCACUGAAGAAGAUCUGAAACAAGUCUCCAUUUUAGAAAGCGUUAAUACAAGUAAAAAGGAUAAAAAAGAUGAACGAAGGAGGAAAGCAACAGAGGGCAGUGGAAGUGUGAGAGGAGGAGGUGGCGGCAAUGCCAGAGAGUACAGAAUUAAAAAAAUCAAGAAGAGAGGGAGAAAAGAUGACAACAGUGAUGAUGAGUCAUCUCACACAGGAAAGAAGAAGCCAGAGAUCACUUUUAUGUUACAGGAUGAGAUUGAAGAUUUUUUACAAAAACAUUUACAAGAUGCCCCUGAGGAGUUUAUUUCUGAACUUGCUGAGUACUUAAUAAAACCUCUAAAUAAAACUUAUCUCGAAGUGGUACGUUCAGUAUUCAUGUCUUCAACUUCUGCCUCUGGAACUGGCAGGAAGCACACGAUCAAGGACUUGCAAGAAGAGGUUUCAAACCUUUAUAAUAAUAUUCGAUUAUUUGAAAAAGGGAUGAAGUUCUUUACAGAUGAUACCCAGGCUGCUCUUACGAAGCACUUGCUGAAGACAGUGUGUACUGAUGUCACUAAUCUCAUUUUCAACUUCUUAGCUUCGGACUUAAUGAUGGCCGUAGACAACCCUGCAACCAUUACAAGUGAAGUAAGAAAAAAAAUUCUAAGUAAAUUAUCAGAAGAAACUAAAGUAGCUCUCACAAAACUCCAUAGCUCUCUGAAUGAAAAGAGCAUAGAAGACUUUCUUUCGUGUCUGGAUUCUGCAGCAGAAGCUUGUGAUAUUAUGGUGAAAAGGGGAGACAAAAAAAGGGAAAGGCAGAUACUGUUCCAGCAUCGACAAGCACUGGCUGAACAGCUGAAAGUCACAGAAGACCCUGCUCUUAUUCUGCAUCUCACAUCGGUUCUGUUGUUUCAGUUCUCAACCCACAGCAUGCUCCAUGCACCUGGAAGAUGUGUCCCACAGAUCAUUGCUUUUCUGAAUAGUAAAAUUCCAGAGGUUCAACAUACUCUUUUAGUGAAGUAUCAAGGUUUGGUUAUAAAGCAUUUAGUCAGUCAAAGUAAGAAGACUGGGCAGGGAGAAGAUCCCUUGAGUGAUGAAUUAGACAAAGAACAAGAAGAUAUCAUCAGUAUGACUCGUAAAGAGCUUCAAGAACUUUCCUCAUCCAUUAAAGACCUUGUUGUCAAAUCCAGGAAAUCAUCAGUGACAGAAGAGUAAUGAUUUUAAUUUACUUAAUGUUGUCAUACAGUAAACGUUUUUUCCCCAAAGUUAAAGGUGAGUGGUUACAAAAAGAAAUACGCAUUUCACAGUCCAGAAUCCCCCACCCAGUAGCACUUCCCACACUCACAGUUCAGUUACUCACAGUUCAGUUAAAACAGUAGUGUUGUAUUCAUUGUAAAUCUUACAAAGAUGUGAAUUUUUGUAAAUUGGGUUCUCCAUGGAAGAUUUCUUUUUCACAUUAUUCUAAAAAUUACACAUUUCAGGUUUAUUUUCUUUCUAGAUGCUGAAUGAAGAAUAAAUCUGCUUUUAUCUCUAGGAAAGGACUCAUUUGUUGUGUUAUUGGAUUUCAAGUGACACGUGUAAAUUUACACAUAUUAAGCAGAAACUUAAAAUGCGGUCAUGUUUUUUUUUUGGUGUUGAAAAUAGUGUUUUUACUUUAAAAUUAAUAGAGAAUGGUUCAAACCUAAAAUACAGAAACUUGCAAAAUAUUUUUUUAUUACUAAGCCCUCACUCUUAUUUCUGGCAGACAGAUGGCUUCUCAUCUCCCCCACAAGAGUGAACUUUUAGGUGGCUGGGAGGUUCAGGGAUGUGUUUACAGGUACAGAAGAACACCCGAGGAGCCCAUGCACUGCUGUGCUCUAUUCUAAAGUACAAUGCUAACAAGAGUGAGAGAAAAAAUAUAAUUUACUACUGAUAGAUGUAAGUCAUUUAAUAUAGUUUUUUUAACCCAGUUUGCAUUUCUGAAUUUCAUUUUUUAUAUUAAUAGUCACCAUCACCUAAUACUUUGUUGUAGGGGAUCUAUAAGUGCAUUUAAAUCGUUAGAACUUUUUUUUUUCAAAAUAGAAACGCUUAUUAAAAAAUAGGUGUUUUGGGGCUUCCCUGGUGGUGCAGUGGUUGAGAGUCCGCCUGCUGUUGCAGGGGACAUGGGUUAGUGCCCUGGUCCGGGAAGAUCCCACAUGCCGCAGAGCGGCUAGGCCCAUGAGCCAUGGCCGCUGAGCCUGCACGUCCAGAGCCUGUGUUCUGCAAUGCGAGACGCCACAUCAGUGAGAGGCCCACGUACCACAAAAAAAAAAAUAGGUGUUCUUGGUCUGUAAAGACUAAAAUAGUUCCUUGGAGUAAUCAUUUCAAUCAGAUGAGUUUCAAGCAAUAAUUUAUUGUAUAUAAAAGAGGAACUUAUUUAAAAUAGUAAAUUAAAUCUCAAAUUUUUUUUUUAAAUACUGUUUUAUAUAAUACCUUACAUGGCAUUUAAAACUAUUUUUGAAAAUGUUUGAAUACAAAGAUUGGUCUACCUCUACACUAAUUCUAGACAAAGUAUUAAUAUUGAAAGAAAUAUAAUUUGCUAAGCAAAGUUGAUAGGAAUGUAACAAACUAAAAAAUAUUUUCCAUUGCUAAUUUCCUAUUAAUAUAUUUUCAUAAGGGCAAAGGAAGAAAAAUGACAAAUCCUCUGUGAACACAAAUUCCAAUUAGUUUGUUGAUUCAGCUUCCAAAAUACUGAACACCCAACCUGAUUUUUUAUUCAGUCUUUAAGGACCUUACCAUUUAUGCUUCAAGAGAUAUCAAAGUAAUCCACAUUUGAGUCAAACUAGAUCAUAGACAAUGAAGCAAAUAAAAUCAUUAUGACUUAAUUUGUGAAAAUAAAAAUAGAAGAGACAAUGAAGCAAAUAAAAUAUUCUUAUUUUGUUUGCAUGAAAUUUGUUUCAUCAAAAUGGUUAUUUUUCCACAGUAAAUAAGAGUUUUUAUUUUUUUGUAAAUAAAAUUAUUUAGCUGAUUUCAUAUUAAAAAUCUAAUUUCAUUAAUAAAAGUUGUUCCAUGUUUAUCUACUAUGAUCUUAAUGGGCAGAUUUAAGAAUGUUAUUUAAAAUAAAGU